AUGCUGCAGGCACUUACUGGACUACAGUUUCAGCUCAGAGGAAAGCUACAGGAUCAAAAGUGGCCAGACAAGCACCCUCGAGAAGAAGCCCAUGCACAUUAUUCACAGUGUCAUAUGCCAGUUUCACAGUAUACUGCGUUCAAUGGAUUUUUUCCAAUGGGAACACACUUUUCAUCAGACAAAGCUCCAGCAAUCUCAGAGGUACAAACACACUUGGAAAAUCAGUCUAGAUACCACAUACAGCAGAGCCAGAGGCACCAGGUGAAGCAGUACCUGACCCUUGAUACCAAACUGUCCAGCCAGACACUCUCCCUGUCCCACUCUCACACAAUCCAGCCGGUGGGAGUGAGCUCCAUUCUCCGGAACGCACACAUGCCUCCAGUGAGCAGCACUGGCGCUCCAGAAAGCCCUGUCACCAAGCUGCUGGCCCUUGGAGGAGAACACCAAAAUGCGAUGGAAGAAGUUAUUGAAGACAUAAUCAAUAUGGAAUCAAAUUUUAAUGAUGAAGUGAUAGGUUGUUCUGAAACUCCUUUACUAAUGCAAAGAACUCUAUCUAGCAGCAUUUUGGAUAUAUAUAACAGUGACCAGGGAAUGGCACCAGCUAAUAUGGGUCUCACAAAUGCUUCUUGCCCAGCUAAUCUACCAGUAAAAAGGGAGCUCACAGAAGCAGAUACAAGAGCAAUGGCAAAGGAGAGACAAAAAAAGGAUAACCACAAUCUCAUUGAGAGAAGAAGAAGGUAUAAUAUUAAUUACCGAAUCAAGGAGCUUGGCACACUCAUCCCCAAGUCUAAUGAUCCUGAUAUGCGCUGGAACAAAGGAACUAUUUUAAAAGCAUCGGUAGAGUACAUCAAGUGGCUACAAAAAGAACAACAGAGAGCCAGAGAAUUAGAACACAGGCAGAAGAAAUUAGAGCAUGCUAACAGAAGACUUCUACUCCGAAUUCAGGAACUGGAGAUCCAGGCACGUGCACAUGGCCUUCCAGUCAUGUCUUCGCUCAGUGCUGUCGAUUUAGCUGCACAGGUCAUCAAGCAACAGUCUUACCCAGAGGAGAACUCUGUAGACUACUCUCAACCAAUGCCUCUGGUACAUGGACAAAAUUCUGAUGUUUGUGAUGGAUCCACAGCCUUUUCUGAUCCACUUUCACACUUCACAGAUCUGUCCUUCAGUGCAGCUUUAAAAGAAGAGCAACGACUAGAGGAAAUUUUAUUGGAUGACACAGUGUCACCAUUUGGAACAGACCCACUCUUGUCCUCCACAUCUCCAGCUGCAUCAAAAGAGAGCAGCAGAAGAAGCAGCUUUAGCACAGAUGAUGGAGAUGAUUUAUAAAAGCAGAAAGGGUCUCAUACUUCUCUAAACCAUAUGUUAAAAGACUGAGUUGAACAUAAGCAUGGUGUUUGCUCUUAUUCUAAAUACCUAUAAGGAGACACACUGUAAAAAUCAAUUACUACAUGACAAGGGUUUCAAUCAGCCCUUACUUCACAAGAAAAUAAGAUGGACAUGAACUCAUAUCACUCUGCCCCAAAUUCACCCUCUGUUCACAGCUGAUGUUUGCAUAAAUCUCUCUUCACUGGGAAUAUUUUUACUAUCACUUUGUGACUUUUUAUAGUACUAUGAAAAUCAUUACCACAAAAGGUAUAUCCAUUUUGCAAAACUGUAUUCAAACUCUUUUCAAUCUUCUUAUACUUUUCUCUGCUACAAAUAUGAGUUUUAGUAAUUUGUUAAUUUCUUUAUUUUUUUUGUAACUAAAAAUUCUACAAAAUGUGAAGCAACAGAGAACUAUUUAAGCUGGAAACUCUGGAGUUGUUACAGGUUUUAAAAUCUAAAAAAGUCAAAUGGUAAUGCUCUCACACAAGUAAGCAUGAAGUUUAAACUGUAUGGUCUACUUUUUAAAAGGAGAAAGUCCAUUAAGCUUUCCAUGGAAUUCCAUUAGUUUUUCUGAUUUCAUUUGUAGAAAAAGAACAUUUUUUUAUGGAAACUAACAUAACGAUAGUGAUUCAAAUGAACUCAGACAGAAAAAGACAGCAUUGCAGCAGAAAGUCUGUGUGGAUAUACAAGACAGUAUAGACACUCCAUGUUAAAGUUAGCACAAUUUAAAACAAGCGCUAGUUGUGACAGUGUUAUGUCAGCUACUUAUUCCAAGAAUAUUCAAACUGUGUCCUUUUUUAUGUGGAAGAAAUUAGAAUUCAGAUACAACACUGGGCUGUUGGGUGACACUUUCAGUGUUCUUUGACAGCACAUUGAGGUUUUUCCAAAGGGACUCUAUCCAUUCAUGUGCUUUUGAACCAUUUGGAAGCAGAAGAAAAUGACAAGAUUCCCAUUGCAUAGACC